UCCCUCCCUGCCCGUGCGGCAGCCCCGGGGGCGGUGCUCGCGGGCCCUGCGGCCGCUGCCCAGGGCGGGGGCGGCCCGGCCCUGUCGGGCUCGGCGCGGGGCCGCUUCCCCCUCGGCGGGGCCGCGGCUCUUAAGGCGGCGCGGUGAGGCCGGCCCCAGAGCGCCGCCAGCCCUCCGGCCGCGCUGCCGUGCUCGGCCCGCAUUGCAGCCCAGGCGAGGCCGGCAGCGGCGGGGCGGGGAGCCCCAUGCGGCACGGGCGGCCCUAGGCUGCGCGCCGGCCGUAGCAUGCCGCUCCCUGUGCGCUUGGCGUGGCUGCUGGGGCUCUGCAGCCUCUGCCGCGGGUACUUCGAGGGGCCACUGUACCCCGAGAUGUCCAACGGGAGCCUGCACCACUACUUCGUCCCUGAUGGGGACUACGAAGAGAACGACGACCCCGAGCGGUGCCAGCUGCUGUUCCGGGUGAGCGAGCAGCGGCGGUGCGGCGCGGCGGCGGCGCCGGGCGGCGGGCUCACCCUGCGCGAGGAGCUGACGGUGCUGGGCCGGCAGGUGGAGGACGCGGGCCGGGUGCUGGAGGGCAUCGGCAGGAGCAUCUCCUACGACCUGGACGGGGAGGAGAGCUACGGCGCCUACCUGCGCCGCGAGUCCGCCCAGAUCAGCGACGCCUACUCCAGCUCGGACCGCUCGCUGAGCGAGCUGGAGGGCAAAUUCCGGCAGGGCCAGGAGCAGGGCGGCCGGGAGGAGUCCCGCCUGGGCGACAGCUUCCUGGGGCUGCUGCUGCACGCCCGCGCCCUGCUCCGCGAGACCCGCCACGUUUCCAGCGGGCUGCGCGACAAGUACGACCUGCUGGCGCUGACGGUGCGCAGCCACGGCGCCCGCCUCAGCCGCCUCAAGAACGACUAUCUCCGCGUCUGAGCCCGCUCAGCCGCCUCAAGAACGACUGUCUCCGCGUCUGAGCCCGCUCAGCCGCCUCAAGAACGACUGUCUCCGCGCCUGAGCCCGCUCGGCCGCCUCAAGAACGACUGUCUCCGCGUCUGAGCCCGCUCAGCCGCCACAAGAACGACUGUCUCCGCGCCUGAGCUCCCCUCGGCCGCCUCAAGAACGACUGUCUCCGCGUCUGAGCUCCCCUCGGCCGCCUCAAGAACGACUGUCUCCGCGCCUGAGCCUCCCGGUUGCUGGGGUCACCGCCGUCCCGACCGCCCGUCCCCCGCAAUGCACGGCCCUGGCACCCGCCUGGAAGGAGCACCUCCUUGGACAAACCCUAGAAUUAUGGAGCUCGGAAAAGACCUCCGAGUUCAUCAAGUCCAACCUUUGAAUACCACCACGCCUACUAAACCACAAGUGCCGCAUUUGGUCGUUUUUGAACGCUUCCAGGGAUAGUAACCGAAAAUACAUUCUUCUUCAUGGAAAAAAACCCCUUAUUUAUUUUACCUUUCAAACAAAUAGCACAAUUGUAUAAACCAGGAGGUUCGAGGUAUGUUUAAGUUAAUAUCCGAGGUAUGUUUAAGUUAAUAUCCCAUAUUCAAAAAAGCUACCUUCUGUUACAUCAUUCACCUUUGGUUGCAAAGUGAAGUAAGCUCUCUCAUGUCUGAUUCCCUGUUUUUUGUUUUUUGUAUCACCUGCCCUCCUGUGGCUCACCUGCCCUAAGUGUAGUUGAAGUGAGGUGCUGGCCAGCUCCUUCCAGACUCCUGUGUAGCAAAUUCUUAUACCGCUUUUGUUGUUAGUCCUUCAGGGUGACACCUCUGGCCCUCUGUUAAGUUCUUUUCUAAUGCUAUGUAUUAUAUGCUCCUUAAAUGUUGUUCCACUACGUAAAGCUGUGAUUUUCAUUUGUGUUUGGAAAGAUGGGAACUAUUCUGGCAGGAUUGGUACUUCCAGGCUUGCUUAUCUGUGACUCUAAGCUAUCAUAACCCUGAGAAGCAGCCAAAAAGGCUUAUGUCAGAUCCUGAGAAUGCUGGUAUUUUUAUAGCAAAAAGAAUGAGCCCUAGCACUGGUUAGAGUUUUGGAUCCCAGAUUUGAGAGCAGGAGCAUGUUUCUAAACCUGACUAAAAGGUUUUGUCUGUGCAAAUACAUUGACUUUUCUUGUUGGUGCCUUUUUACUUUUGCUAGCUAAGUUAUUAAUAUAACUUCGUGGUCCUAGACAAUAGCAAAAGUGUCCUAGGAAGGAGAGUGGGGUUUUUAGACUCGUUGCUGUUUAACUGACAAUUUUGGGUAAUGUGGCUAUUAGGUUACAGAUACUGCAGGCAGAAUACCUGUUGGGAUGAAAAGAGUUUAUGUAAAUAUUUGAAAACAAUGUUAUAGUACAUUUUUGUUAUUAGUUUCCGAGACUCUUGAUUUUAAAACAUUCUGUUGGAUGUGUCUUUUCAGCAAAACAUUGGAAGUUUGUAGCCCUUGCCAAGUGAAAUAACUUGCUUUUUAGUAAAAACAAAUAAAAAUGUAAACCCAUGAAGUAAUCAAGUUUCAUUAAAAGCAACAAUACAAAAGGC